GAAAGGUCUUCUUCUUGGCCACCUGGCUCCUGUUCAGCACCAGCUGACAUUAACAUUGAUUGAUUUGUUGGCCUUUCUUCUCCACCACCACCACCUCCACUCCCCCUCACCCCACCAUCUCCAUCACCUCCCCUUUUCUCCUCCCCUUUUCUCAUGCCUUGACGCCACCAUUGGCGGCUCCCGCUUCCCCUCCCCACCCCGCCUCCGUAUCCUCCUCCGCCGCCCACCAGUCGAAGCGUAGGCGAGGAGAGAGAGAGAGAGAGAGAGAGAGAGAGAGAGAGAGAGAGAGAGAACAAGAGGCGGCGCAGGGGAAGGAGGAGGAGGAGGCGGCGGCCAUUGGAGAUGUUUGAUAGCUUGCUCAACUCCAAGUUCUACAACAAAUGCAAGCACGCGACCAAAUGCACCCGGACCCGGCUGGAUCUGGUGCGCAAGAAGAAGCAGGCCAUGGUGAAGUUCCUGAGGAAGGACGUCGCCGACCUCCUCACCAAUGGCCUUGAAUCGCACGCCUUCGGACGGAUGGAAGGGCUGAUUGUGGAGAUGAACCAAGCAUCCUGCUAUGACAUGAUCGAGCAGUAUUGCGACUACAUAGGGAAGCAGCUCAACAACCUGCAGAAACAGAGUGAAUGCCCUCAUGAAGCCUUGGAAGCUGUGUCAACUCUGAUUUUCGCUGCUGCUAGAUAUCCUGAUUUACCUGAACUGUGUGAACUCAGACAUGUCUUCACAGAGAAAUAUGGGGCUUCCAUUGAACCUUUUGUUAGCUCUGAGUUUGUUCAGAAGCUUCAGAACAAAUCAUUUACUAAGGAGGAGAAGUUGCAAGUGAUUGAAGACGUUGCUGAUGAAUUCGCAAUCCCGUUUAAUACCAGGACAUUCGAGCUGAAGAUAUCUGGUGCACCUCCAAAUAAAAAUGAACUUCUGAAGAAGGGUUCAUUCAACGGCGUAGAGGUUGAAGCAUCAGGGCGCAACGGACACAGGGUAGAUAAGCAUGCUGCGCUUGAAAGGAAAUCUAAAUCUAUACCUGACGGGCGUGAGUGGAAGCAGGAAUUCCAGCUGAAACCAAAAGAUAUUCAUGUCGUUCCUGAUUACAUUGGUCAAGUUGGUGAGAAAAGCAGGAAGAACUAUCCAGAUAAACCUAUUGAGAAGAAGCAUUUGGAUAAUGAUGUGCCUCCUGUGGACAUGAUGCGAAGGAAUGGUCAUCAAAAGGAGAUGAACAAAGAUGAGAAAAAGGGUGGUCAGUCUUGGAGGGAACUGAUGAAUGCAGAGGAGCUGGAUCUCAAUGGCUCAAAGAAGCAGGAGGUUGCCGUGGCAAAACCUGCUCAAAGAGAAAUGAAGAAAAUAGUUCCUCCAUACACAGACCUAAAGGGAACUGAGAAGAAAGACGGCGCCGAAAAGGCUAAUGGAAAAGGCUACCAUCGAACCAACAUGGCUGGUGGCACUGAUCAUAACUGGGGACAUGCUGACUUGGGGCUUAAAACCCUGGGCCUGGAAAAGCAAGAAACUGAAUCAGCUGGCACCUUGAAUGUCAAUGGCAAUGGCAAAACAGUAAACAAGGUUCCUCCUUAUUCUAAGCCAUACAGACCAGCGAGUGAGAAGUCUGCUGAAGACGACAAUAUCGGUGUGUAUAAUCGAGGGCGGCAUAUGGGAGAGUUUGGACAGCCGGUGCAAGACAGGCAGCAAAUGCCAGAGAAGCUAGUCAACAUGCGACCUCCCUAUGUUAAGCCAAGCUCUAACACAAAGUCCGUGCAUGAAACUCCAACGGAUGAAUCUGCUAAUGGUUACAAGCUCAACGGUUCUGAAGCAACAGGUCACUGGAGGGACGGUCUGGUUGACGAUGAUGGUGCACCUCGGCCCGUUUCUGUCAGAAGGAAAAGUUCAAGGCCACCAACACAUGGUUCAUUGCAUGAUGAGGCGACCAAUGAUGAAAAGGCGACAAACCAAGCUCCUGGUGGCCGAACAAGGCGCCCAAGCAGCAGAAAUGGCUCCCAAGACGACUAUGAGCGACGGAAGCACUCGAGCAGGCGUAACGGGUCGACAAGCGGCAGUGACUACCAGACGGAGGAGGAUGAGACCGACACCGCGAUUGAUUUUGGCAAUCUGUUGCCCCGAGCACCUCGUAAGCACCGGAGCAGGAGCGCUCAUCCCCGUGAAGGAGGAGGCCACGACGACGAGGAGAGGAUGAUGGACAAGCUUCUGAGGCACUACAGCAAGAAGGGGAUGGAGAGGGAGGAGGAGCACAGGACGAGGACGAAGUCCAGGAUCCCUCGGCCUCGACCCGACCAACCUGCUGACGGCAACAACAGAGAUGGAGCGCCCAGUCAUCCAGAGCGAACCGUGUCUCUGCCUGCAGAAUCUGGCUCCCCGGUGGCGAGGACGAAGGCUCCUGCCCCUGCUCGGUCCACCUCGCUGCAGCAGGACACGUCCAGGGGGAACGUGCACCCGAGGAUGCCGGAUUUCGACGAGCUGGCUGCGCGGAUCAGCGCCAUGAAGAGGGCAUGAGUUGCCUGUCACCAGGCCUGUUUUCGGGCUUCCAGCACGCCCCGUGUUGUACAACCGCAGCAGCAUCUCGUGACGGCGAUCGCAUAUUUAACAUGAACCAGAGCAUCUCCUGAGGUAGUUGCAUGCUUUCUCGGGCCUUGGCGGCCUGGCCUUGUUUCGUUCGUUCUUUCUUUGGUGGUAUACUUGCAUUGCAUUGCGUUGCUCCAUGUGUGAUGUCUAGGUAGAGAUCAUUGGGCUGGAGGAUUCCAGUGGGCGAUUUGAUAGGGAAUACCAUACAAAUAUAUAUAUAUGCUGUGUUUGGUGCGGUUGUUUGA